CACCAAAAGGGGCGUCUGACUCAGUUAUAAAUGCUUUAGACAGAACAGCUGUUAAAGGCCUCUGUGUACAAGCAUGCCACAGGCUCUAGUUUCUGUUUAAGGGAUCACAGAUCACAGUUUGGACGUUUCACAAUGGAUUCUGAUUUCAAUUUCGAUUACUCUGGUGUGGACUACAGCAAUUACAUAGCAGAAAAUGCAACAUCCGAGGAGGUACACCUCUACAGAGUGCGCCCUAUCUGUUCUGGAGAAGUGAUGUGUAUGCUUCUGCUGGCUGUUAACGCGUUCAUCUGCGUGCUGGGCAUUGUGGGAAAUGGCGUGGUGAUCUGGAUCGCUGGGUUCAAGAUGAAGAAGUCAGUCAACACCACCUGGUACCUGAGCCUGGCCAUGUCAGAUUUCAUCUUCUGCGCCAGUUUGCCGGUCAACACCAUCUACAUGGCCACCGCCGACUGGAUUUUCGGACACUUCAUGUGCAAGUUCUCGUCCUUCGUCAUGUUCCUCAACAUGUUCAGCAGCAUCUUCCUCCUCGUCGUCAUCAGCAUGGACCGCUGUGUGUCGGUCAUGUUUCCUGUGUGGGCGCAGAACCAGCGCACCAUAAGCAAGGCGUGGGUGAUGGUCAUCCUUGCGUGGGUUCUCGCAACAGCCUUGAACGCUCCUUCAGUCAUUUACCGUGAAGUCCAGGAGCACCUUGGUGUGCGCCGGUGCCUCAACAACUACACCACGAGCGAGUACAGCCACGGAACUGUAGCCACAACUCGAUUUGUUCUCGGCUUCAUCGUUCCAUUCCUGAUCAUCAUCUUCUGCUACUCCAUCAUCAUCUUCAAGCUGAAAAGCAACCAGAUGGCCAAAUCCACCAAGCCUUUCAAGGUCAUGACGGCACUCAUCAUCACCUUCUUCCUCUGCUGGUUGCCGUACCACACGUUUGUUCUCGUCGAGCUGAACCGAAGCCUUCCCAAUGAUGUCAUGGAACUCGGACUUAAAAUCGGCACCGUGACCGCCUCGGUCAACAGCUUCCUCAACCCCAUUCUCUACGUCUUCAUGGGCAACGAUUUCAGGCGGAAGUUCAAGAGCUCCAUUCUGUCAAAGGUGGAGAACGCGAUGGGAGAGGAAGGCCGAACGCUGAGCCGAUAUCUGUCCCGCUCCAGCUCCAUGGACGCCAGAGCUUCCACUCAUAUCUAACACUUCAGCUUGGUAAUAUCAGGUGACAGAACUACAUUUGCUUCGGACAUGGAGAACCACAACCGUGACUUUAUACAGCUACCAGCUAACUCAAGAUUGGCUGGUGAAGAUGUGAAGGUAGUGAAAUAUAUAUUCAUGGUUGAAAUGUUAACCCUAUGGAGAAGGAAAACCUAACCAAAGCAGAGGAGAAUGUAAAAAAAAGCCUGGUAGUCUCCAAGUUGUAUUCUCAAUUGUAUUUUUAUGUACAUAUAUAUCACUGAUCAGCAACAAUUUUGUGCAAUUUCUGGACUGAUACUAUAUAUGUGACAUGAAAUCAUACCUUGACAAACUUGUAAAUAUCAGAUUUUAAAAAGAUAUUCCAGAAAAAAAAGACUAAAACCACAAAUGAUUGUAUAUUUGAUAUUGCAUUUCGCUAGAAGUUAGGAACGUUCUUCAGAUAUGGACUUAAGUUGAGUUGGUUCUAAGGAUUGUGUCCAGCCUAGACUGAACUUGGCAAAUUUAGGCCAAUUAAGAUCAAAGUUUGUGUCCAGAAAUUAUGCUUCUUCUUUUUCUUGCACAUUGAAAAGCACUUUUGUGUGAUACUACUGUGAAUGGGUGUAUUGUGGAUCCUUGUAAAUGUCUUUUUAAAGCCAGUCAAUGUUUGAAAUAAACCGUUAACUGUAGAGAAAUCUAUGCCUGUUUAGAAAUAAAUGCAAUUACAGUGCAGUAAACACAACAACACUAGGGGGCAGUGCAGCACUUAUCCGCAUCAACAUGAUGAAACAUUUUAAAGAACGGCAACUUGCUUCUGUGUGAUAAGGUAUCCUUACCGCUGUAGCAAGUGGAGGCCCCUAGUGGAAGCCUCCAGGAUCACGUAUAGCAUGUAGGCAAGUAUAUGGAUAGUUAUGAUUAAGGCCAACUUAUGCUUCUGCGUACCGUACUGUUUACUGCUGCAUAAUCUAUGAUAUAUAUAAAUGUGCCCUACAGCGUAUGGCACUCACACAGGCCAAAGCUUAGCAGUUAGCAUUUAGCAUCAAGAAAAAAGUAUAUUUUUUCCUAUCUAUGAUUAAUUUAAAUUUUAUUGUCUUUAAGAGAAGAGUAUACAUUAUUUGUGAUAUUAUAGUAUUAUCACUAAGUCAGUUGCAAUUAAAUGCUCUUAAAAAGAUAAUAAUAUCGUUUAUCGCUAUAAUUUCAGGGCAAUAUAUCGAAAUUGUAAUCGUGACAGGCCUACCACGCAAUGGUGUGUGUUUGACAUAAAAAAAAUUUACUUUUCUUGACUAAGUCUCUUAGUCUCAAUGAGAGUGCACCACUAAUAUAAUGACAUUGAAAAUUUCUGUGAUUUAAAAAAUAUCAGAAUAAA